CUAGGGUAGCUAAUAGGGAGAGUAGAGCUUUAUUUACGGCGAGUCCUUUAUCCAUUAAAGGAUGGAAGGAAAAAUUCUUUUUUGUAGAUGAUAUGGAGUGGGAGAGGGGUGAUACCGAGGUGAGGGAGUUAGCAUCCUGGAAGGCUAAAAGAGCCAACCAGAAUAAAUUUAGUUUAAAUGAGGAUGAGGAGGAACAAGUGGGGAGGCUGGUGAGGAAGGGGGGGGGGGAUUUACUAAACAUCGUGGACUUCACCAGCGCACAAUGCAUAGAAGUUGCUGAGCUCUAUGGGCCAAGCGCUUUAAGUGAAGCUGAAAUGGAUAAAUUCUUGAACACUGUUGGAGGAGUGGCCAUCCCCAAGAAGCCAAGGAAGAAGUCAAAGACUUCAACUAAGCAAGUGGAUGAGGGGAGAGCUGGGAAGGAGGUAGUGCCCACUACUUCAGCUAAGGCGGAGGAGGAGGUGCCACAGUUGAAGAGGAAGGGUUGGGAGGAGAGAAGGGCACUACAGAAGAAGAAGAAGGUGGUGGAGGAGGGGGAGAGGGGGAGCGAGGUUCCCCAGUUCGUACCUCAGCCUCUUCCUGUUGAGCUGGACCUUGAGUUAAGACAGUUGGAGGAGGGGGUUGAGGUACAAGCUCCUGGUAAGGGAAAGGGCCCUGUUCCCCCGUUGACGUUUCAGAGCGGCUUAUUCGAGGCGAAGAACAUGACGGGGGCUAGGAGGUUCAUCAACACCACCUUCUCUAAAGUGGACAAACGCAACGCACGGGACGAGGCUCUGAGGUAUUGUGGGGCUUCAGUAGUGAAGCAUGUUUUAGAGAGCGUGAGCUGGGUGAAUGGUCUAGCCCAGGAGUUCAUGGAUAGCUUGGAGCAGGAGAGGGCUUCCCUGAGCACCAAGCUCGUCUUUGAGGAGAGCGAACGAAGGAUCUCUAAAAGUGAGUGUGAGGCUCAGGCGAAGGAAAUAGCGUUGAUGAAGGAUGCCUUCAUGGAGCUGAAGGAGAAUGUGCAGAUGUUGGUGCAUAAUGGGAUGAAGGAGCAUAUCAGCAACUUCAUCAGCUUCAGCUCGUUUGACAACAUGGUCAACUUGUACCGGCUACCCACUGCCAUCAUUGCUUUCACAGACUGCAGAAAGAAGGUGAAGGCUGAAUAUCCCGAAGUGGAUAUUAUAAAGAUCACCUUCGACGAGCAAGAAGAAGGAGUGGAGGAGAACGGUGAGAGCAUGUCAGCAGACUUCCGUCCUCAAAUCAAACUGAGGUGGGAGCAUGAUGUAGACGGACGUGUUGUUUUCCCUCCACAGUUCGACUUCGAGUUCGUUGUAGUGGAGGAAGAAGGGGCAGAGGUAGAGGAAGAUGAGGUGGAGGCAGGAGUGGAAAGGACUGAAGUGGGUGAGAGCCAACCAGCUCCCGAAGUGGAGAUUCAUCCAGUCCCUUCUGACGAUGAGCAACCUCCUCUGCUAGACGAGCAGCAGCCAACAUAGCCACCUCCCCCAGCAGAGAAAUAAUUUCUGUUUUUUAAUUUUUGUAAAAACUUUUAAACAAUUUGUAAUAUUGUUAUUAUUUUGUAUGAAAUUUCUGUGUUGAAAUUAUAUGUUGUGUUUGCUUUAUAUUUUUGUUAUUUUUUAUUAAUAAA